CAAAUUAAUUAUAUAUCAUCAAAUAGAUUUCCAUAUAUAACUCUUCACCAUCUUCCUCUUUAUUUCUAUCACCAUGGCUACUAUUAAACUUCAUGCUUUUCUAUUUUUAUCAUCAAUAAUUUUAUCCAUUGAUUUAUCAUUUUCAUAUGAAAGACCACCACCAAGAAAAUCAAUUUUUUUAUCUUUAUCUCAGCAUCUUCAUUCCUCUUCUCCUCAACAGGUACACAUUUCGAUGGUGGGUAGUGACAAGAUGAGGAUUUCGUGGAUAACGGAAGAUUCCGGUACACCGGCUACGGUGAAAUACGGUACAUCUCCGGGGAUAUACCCAUUUUCAGCAAAUGGAGAUACAACAAAAUACAAGUAUAUUUUGUUUAAGUCUGGUGAUAUACAUAAUGUUGUUAUUGGGCCAUUAAAGCCCAAUACUGUUUAUUACUAUAUUUGUGGCCCAUUUUCAAGCCCAGAAUUCAGUUUCAAAACUCCUCCAGCUGGAUUUCCUAUCAAAUUUGCAGUUGUAGGUGAUUUAGGGCAAACGGAUUGGACAAAAUCAACCCUCGAUCACAUCUCAAAAUCAAAUUACGAUGUCAUGUUGUUGCCCGGGGACUUGUCGUACGCAGACACUCUACAAACCCUGUGGGACUCGUUCGGGCGAUUGGUGGAGCCACUGGCGAGCCGACGCCCGUGGAUGGUGACUCAGGGCAACCAUGAGAUUGAGAAAAUACCAAUUCUUCAUAGACAAUCCUUUACAUCAUACAAUGCUAGAUGGCUCAUGCCAUUUGAACAAAGUGGAUCCACUUCAAAUUUGUACUAUUCCUUUGAAGUUAGUGGGCUUCAUAUCAUUAUGUUGGGCUCAUACGCUGAUUUUGGGCCUAGUUCAGCCCAAUACAAAUGGCUUAAUAAUGAUUUGAAGAAAGUUGAUAGAAAAAAAACACCAUGGGUUAUUGUUCUUGUACAUGCACCAUGGUACAAUUCUAAUAAUGCUCAUCAAGGUGAAUAUGAAUCUUAUGGUAUGAAAUCAUCUAUGGAGGAUUUACUCUUCAAGGCUCGGGUCGAUAUAGUCUUCGCGGGACAUGUUCAUGCCUACGAGAGAUUCACUAGAGUAUACAAAGACAAAGCUAACAAUUGUGGUCCAAUAUACAUCACAAUUGGAGAUGGUGGUAAUAAAGAAGGCCUAGCCACUAAGUAUAUAGAUCCAAAACCCGAAAUUUCGAUUUUUCGAGAGGCAAGUUUUGGACAUGGAGAAUUAGAUGUGGUAAACGCAACUCAUGCACAAUGGUCAUGGCAUAGAAAUGAUGAUGAUGAAGCUGUUAUUGCUGAUUCUAUUUGGAUAACAAAUCCUUCAUGUAAAUAAUAAUAAUAAAGAAUAUAUUAUACGAUUUUAAAAAAGAGUUACAAAUUAAAUAGUUAAUAAUGUUCAACUUAUAAUAUUCUACCAUGUUUAAUUUCUACAUUGUAAUGUACAAGUUGGUUUAUUAAAUGGUAGCUUAAUUUUCAUUUUA